UCAACACAGAACGUGAGGAUUUUCCGGAUCCUCGCACGCCUCUCUCUACUCCAGCCGGAUUGUGCUGCGGCUGAGAGGACCGUCUGGGCAGGAGCAGAAAUGGGUAGAAGCAUCUGGCAGAGUAGGAGACGACGUGAGCGGAGCCAACAGCAGAGCCCUGCCUUGGGGCAGAGUGGCCCUAGUGAGAGGGACACCGCAGGGACAUCGCAGAGCCCACAAGAUUCUGGCCACCAUGAUGCUGAGGUCCCAUCAACCUCAUCCGGCAGAGCUGAAGAGUCGUCUGCACCAGAACUUCCAGGCUUUUAUUUUGACCCUGAAAAGAACCGCUACUUCCGUUUACUCCCCGGUCAUAACAACUGCAACCCCCUCACGAAGGAGGGCAUCUGCCACAAGGAGAUGGAGAGCAGGCGGCUGCAGCUGCUGCACCAGGAGGACAAUCAGAGAAAGAAAAUUACCAGAAUGGGAUUUAACGCAUCCUCCCUCCUUCGAAAAAACCAGCUGGGUCUUCUCAACAUGACCAGUUAUUGCCGUUUAUCCCAUGAGCUGCGGGUGAGCUGCAUGGAGAGGAAAAAGGUAGAUAUUCAGAGCUCAGAUCCUUCUGCUCUGUCAAGUGACCGGUUUAACUUCAUCCUGGCAGAUACUAGCAGUGACCGCCUCUUCACAGUGAAUGAUGUCAAAAUUGGAGGUUCCAAGUAUGGCAUCAUAAACCUGCAGGGUCUGAAGUCCCCCACGUUCAAGGUGCACAUGCAUGAGAACCUCUACUUCACCAACAGGAAGGUGAACUCUGUGUGCUGGGCCUCACUCAGUCACUUGGAUUCCCACAUCCUGCUGUGCCUCAUGGGCCUUGCAGAGACACCAGGCUGUGCCACCCUGCUCCCAGCAUCACUGUUUGUUGGUAGUCACCAAGGUACAGACCAGCCUGGCAUGCUCUGCAGUUUCCGGAUCCCUGGCGCCUGGUCCUGUGCCUGGUCCCAGAACAUCCACGUAGAUAACUGCUUCAGUACAGGUUUGUCUAGGAGGGUCCUGUUGACCAACGUGGUGACAGGACACCGGCAGUCAUAUGGGAUCAGCAGUGAUGUCUUGACUCAGCAAUUUGCAAUGAAGACUCCCUUACUGUUUAAUGGCUGCCGUUCUGGGGAGAUCUUUGCCAUUGACCUACGUUCUCCAAAUCAAGCCAAAAGCUGGAAGGCCAUGCACAUUUUCCAUGACUCAGCAGUGACAUCUGUGCGGGUCCUCAAGGAAGAUCAAUACCUGAUGGCAUCAGACAUGGCCGGAAAGAUCAAGCUGUGGGACCUGAGGGCCACCAAAUGUGUGCGGCAGUAUGAAGGUCACGUGAAUGAGUAUGCCUACCUGCCCCUGCAUGUGCAUGAGGAGGAAGGAAUUAUGGUGGCAGUGGGCCAAGACUGCUACACAAGAAUCUGGAGCCUCCAUGAUGCCCAGCUGCUCAGAACCAUACCUUCCCCGUGCCCCACCGCCAAGGCCAACAUUCCUAGUGUGGCCUUUUCUCCUCGCCUUGGGGGUCUCCGGGGAUCCCCAGGGUUGCUCAUGGCCGUCCAGCAGGACCUUUACUGUUUCUCCUACAGCUCAUUCUGUCCAAGCGAUCUGGAGGAAGGCAGGUGGGAGUGAAUGGCAGCUUCCGUUUCUAGUGAGGACUUUUUAAAUGGUGCUUGAUGUAUUCAGAUGUUAUCUUUCUAGCUUGCGGGCAGUGCAAAAUGGUUGGCUCAGCUGUUCAGAGCAUUGGCUGCAGAGGACCUGAGCCCUAUUCCCAGCACCCACAGCAGCCCACAACUGUCUUCAACUCCAGUUCCAGAGAAGCCAACACCCUCUUCUUCCCCUGGACCAGGCAUGCAUGUGUAGACGUAACAUGCAGGCAGAAUACCCAUAUACAUAAAGUAUAGUUUUAUUCCAAUCAGCAUAUAUGGAAUAACUUCAGUAAAGCAGCGGUUAAAUUGUGGCCUCGGAGCAUGAAAUAAAAGGCCUUGUCAUGAGAGGUAUUUACUGGCUUUUCCUAUUGCCUUCCUUAGAGACUUUACCCCUUCACUGGCUAAACAGACUAUGGAACGAAGAUUGGCCAAACAAAUGCAGGCCCUGGAGCCAGGCAUGGGGGUACAAAGGGAGCGGCGGGCAUGGCUUUGUGUCUGAGGACUCACUGGCUUUGAAGCCAUUACACACUGCCUUCUCAGACAGUGUCAGUGAGUCCUGGAGUCUUCUGUUACUGUGCAAGGCAUUAGAAGGGGAAGAUGGAGUCAGAGAGGCAGAGGCAGGCAGGUCUACAAAAAAGCAAAAAAAAAAAAAAAAAAAAAAAAAAAGGGUGGGAAGAUGGAGCUUUUCAAGUGCUCUGGCUCCAAACAAUCCUCGUGCCUUCUUGAGUUUUCCAGGAUGGAAGGGACAGCAGCUUCUGUUACAGUGACUUGAGUGUCAGUUCUAAAGCCCAAGACCAAAUUUGACUUUUUUAUGAUCUUGGAACUGCAGUUUAUGAAUAGUGUUAAAGUCCUUUCUACCAACCAAUAAAGUAAAAAGAGGUGUG